AUGCUGCGUCUCCUACUCGGCUCCCUCUCGGUCUCGUUGGCGCUCGCCGUACAACCAACGGCCCCGGAUCCCAUCGCGGCCCCCCUACGCGAUCUAAAAUGGGGACAACUCAACUUCCUUCACACGACCGAUACCCAUGGCUGGCUGGCCGGUCAUCUGCAGGAACCCUCCUACGCCGCAGACUGGGGUGACUAUGUCUCCUUCGCGACCAGGAUGCGGGAAAAGGCAAAUGCACAGGGCGUGGAUCUGCUGGUGGUAGAUACGGGUGAUAGAGUCGAGGGCAACGGCCUCUACGACUCAUCGGAACCGAAGGGCGUCUACAUCUCGGACAUUCUGCGCGAGCAGCAGAUUGACCUAAUCACCGCCGGAAACCACGAGUUAUACAAGCGGAACACCUCCGAGGCUGAGUUCUUCACCACGGUCGUUAACUUCCAUGGGAACUACCUGGCGUCGAAUAUUGACAUCUUGCACCCUGUGACUAAUGACCUCGUGCCGCUAGCUCCCCGCUUUAAGAAAUUCACUACCGAAAACCAGGGAAUCCGCAUCGUUGCCUUUGGCUUCCUGUUCGAUUUCACCAAAAACGACAACAACACCGUGGUAUAUCCCGUCGAACAGACCAUCAAGGAGGACUGGUUUCAGGAUGCCAUUCGGGACCCAGAUGUUGACCUCUUCCUCGUGACUGGCCAUGUGCCUGUUCAUUCACAAGAAUACAAAGCCAUCUUCGAAGAGAUUAGGUCCGUUCGUUGGGAUACACCAAUUCAAUUCUUCGGGGGUCAUUAUCAUAUUCGCGAUUUUGCACGCUAUGACUCGCGAGCCUAUGGCUUGGCAAGUGGGCGUUUUAUGGAAACAAUUGGGUUCAUGUCCAUCGACGGUCUGUCUGCCAAGAAACGACAAAUUCCUGCCUUGAAUGCCCCCAGCUUUCAGCGGCGAUACAUCGAUAACAAUCUCUUCUCAUUUCUCCAUCACACCGAGCUUGAUCAGGAGUCAUUCCACACGGACCUUGGGCAGAAUGUGUCGCGGUUGAUCCAUGAAUUCAGAAGUGCACUCCGGCUAGACGAAGUCCACGGCUGCUCCCCCCGUGAUCUUUGGAUGUCCCGGGUCAAGUAUCCGAGCGAAGAGAAUAUUUACACUUGGCUUGAAACCCAAGUCCUUCCCGAUCACCUGAGGGAUGAAUCUCGCGCGGGACAACCAGCUCUUGCUAUUGUCAACACCGGUGCCAUACGGUUUGAUAUAUUCAAGGGACCCUUCACCCAAGACACCACCUUUAUAGUUUCCCCAUUCACCAGUGGUUUUCGAUACUUGAAAGAUGUUCCCUAUGAAAAGGCCAAACUCGUUCUUGAGGUGUUGAACAAACAGCCACAGAUAUUCACCGAUUCUGCUCGUCAAUCCGACUUUACUUCGUCUCUUGCCCCGCCCGAACGGUCGGCGUAUAACACUGAUGUGACAAUCGAUGAUGGGAAGCUUCUCCAGCAUAGCCAACUAACGGAUCAAGCCGCUGCUUUAAGUGGCGCCGGAUCCAAACCUAACUUUCAGCCUGGAUAUACCACCAUUGACGACGGAGGUGCGGACGGCGACGACACCAUCCACUCUCCCAUCCCUUUCUAUCGUAUGCCAAACUGUAUCCAGGCACAUGUAUCACUCAAUGCCUCGUCAGCCCCAGAUCAUGUUGAUCUCGUAUACAUUGAUUUUAUAGAACCCUACGUGGCACUGGCAGCCAAAUUUGCAGACCUUGACGCUGAUUUUUCGCGGGACAGUGAUGUGUAUAUGCCAUCUAUGACGCUGACCAACCUUAUCUUGAAUUGGGUGAAAGAGAACUGGAGAUGUGAUGAAUGA